UGUAAUCUGUUACAGUUACUGUUUUAAUAAGUGGUAAUCGGAUUACAGUUACUUUGUUGAAAUAAAUGGAUUACACGGCGGUACUUCCCUUUUCACAUUUUAGGCUAUAGAGGGCUACCGCAUGACGUCACCGCGCCGCGGGAAAAACAGUGAUAGCCGCGGCCGCCGAAAACCCAAACAGAAAUAGAACGCAAGCAAGAGCGGUUAACGUUGGCAGCAUCAGUCAGUCACAAUCACACAAUGGAAGAGGACGAGGAGCCCAAACCAACCCACCAUGAGGAGCAAGAGCAGAGCCACCUCACGGGCAAGAACGUGUUUUUCUCCUGGAAAUUAAGGCACCACUUUAUAUUUAAAGGACACAAAGAUGAGCGGAAUCUGACCGUGCAGUGUAAACUCUGCUUGCCAGCGACCAAGCUGCUGUCCACAUCCAGAGACUCUACAUCUAACCUGAGCAAACAUCUAACAAGGGUUCAUCCCAGAGCCAUGCACAGUCUUCACAGUGUACCCAAGGCAAACAUGGAUCAUGUUGGUGGAGAAAGUAGCAGAGAGACCCCUCCUCCUCUCAAACAAGCCAUACUUACCACUCCAGCCAUCACACAAAGGAAAGUGAAUUCAUUGGUUUUUGAUUACAUAAUUAAUGAAGUUCAGCCCUUUUCUGCUGUUGAGAAUACCACCUUCCGCCAGUUGGUUGAAGGCUUAAGUGGGGGAAGGACCCCAGUAUGCAGAAAAACACUAAUGCUACAAAUUGAGAAAAGCUUUGAAAAAAUGAAAGAAAAUCAAACCAGAAUCCUUGAAAAUCCUGAAUAUGUGUGCACCACCACAGACAUAUGGACUGCUAAUCACCGUAGCUUUAUAGGCAUCACAUGCCACUGGAUUGAGUCUGAUAGCUUGGAUCGCAAGUCUGCUGCACUGGCAUGUGCGAGAAUCAGAGGCCGUCACACCUUUGAAGUCAUUGCUGCCAAAAUCAGUCAAGUUCAUGCAGAGUUCCAUAUUCAAGGCAAGGUCACUGCCACAGUGACUGACAAUGGGAGUAAUUUUGUCAAAGCUUUCAGCAAAUAUGGAGAUUCAGAGACAGAAGAUGAUGCAGAAGAAAAUGAUGAGGUGCAGUUUGCCGAUGUCAAUACAGCACUCGAUGAAGACCAAGAGAAUGACUAGCUUAACUUCUUCUUGCCACCACACCAUCGAUGUGCUGCACACACGUUAAAUCUCAUUGCCACAACUGACAUUGAAAAAGCUGCUUCUCAGGGGCUUUCCAGAAAGUUGUACAGGAGUGCAAUGGCAAAAUGUGCUGCCAUCUGGAACAAGUCCCAUCGCUCAUCAGGUGCUGCUGACAUCAUUGAAGAAGUCGCCCAAAUGAGAUGUGUUGUUCCUUGCGUGACUAAGUGGAGUUCGGAGUAUAAUGCAAUUGAGAAACUAAUGAGCCUUCCUGAAAAUCAGCUCAAUGAAAUUUGUGACCAACUGAAGGUGGCAAAACUUCAUCCUCAAGAAACAUUGUUUCUCAAAGAGUACACAAAAAUCCUAAAACCACUUGCCCACUCAAUCAACCUGCUCCAGGGGGAAAAGAACUGUUAUUUUGGAUAUGUGAUCCCCACCCUUCUGAGUUUGAAAGCCAAGUUAUCUGAGAAGGUGGCACAAGUGCAAUUCUCAUCCCAUAUACUCUUAGCAGUCAUCAAAGCUAUUGACACUCGAUUUGCAGCUGUAUUGGUCUCUCACGAGGCAAGGAUGGCAGCAUCAACCAUCCCCAAAUUCCGACUCUGGUGGCUUGCUGAUGAUGAGAGAGAGUCCAUGAAAAGAACAAUGGUCCAGGAGGCUCGUCUCCUCAACACAGAUCCAACCAACACAGAACCAACCAGCGCCACUGGACAUGCUUCAAUGGGAAAUGAGCCAGAAGACGAUGACACUUUUUUCUGUUUUCAGAGUGCACAGGAGACCAGUUCUACAGCAGAGGAAGAAGUGCAACGGUACCUUCAGGAUCCAGAUAAGACAUUGGCCUCAUUAAAAACAUACCCAACAAUCAGAGCUCUCUUCUUAAAGUAUAAUACCACUCUGCCAUCAAGUGCUCCUGUUGAACGGCUGUUUAGCCAUGGAGGACUUGUUUUCAGCCCUCACCGAAACCGCAUGACAGACAAGCACUUUGAACAGGUGCUCUUGCUGCGCUACAACCGCCUUUACUGGACUCUAGACUAAGCAAGACAGAUUUAAGUAGGUUGCUGAAAAGCAAGCUGAAAAUAUUGCGGUUUUGCUAACAGAUAAAAGGAAAAUAUAUGUCAUAUUUGUUUAAAAUGUACAUAUGGUGACGAGGUUUGUGGCAAACAGCGUUUUUGUCAGUGUCACAAAGUUUGACGGACAUUUAGUCCUUUGAAAUUAUU